AGCCUCCCCGCAGACAUUGCACGUCUCAAAACCUUGAAGCUGGUCCCGAAAAGAACUUUUGAACAUCCAUGAGAUGGAGCAGACAAGCGGCCAAAAGCGGUACUCGCUCUUCGGAGGAGACGAGUCUUGGCAGGCUCAAGAUUGGACCGAUUCUGAUGACCGUGUUCGUGGUGGCAAGAGCCAGUCGUACCUUGAAUGCUCUGACGAGAUUGGGCGAUUCUAUGGAACGUUAGACAUAAAGACUCUAGGAGGUGCAGGAUUCGCCAGCCAGCGAACAACUGGAGAAGAUCGAGAAUGGGACCUCUCAGACUAUGCUGGCAUAGAGAUAUGUGUUGCAAAAGGAGACAAGAAGCGAUACACCUUCAUUCUCAAGGACAAAUUACUCCCACCAGAUCCAGAAAAUGGUCGAGAGCAGGCAUCCAUCUCCUACGAAUGUGAUUUUGAAUUGCCACCACAGACAAAGCCCGGACCGGCACACGAGCGGUUCGUGUUCAUACCCUGGAGCAGCUUCAAUGCCACCUACCGCGGGAGGCUCAAGAAAGAUGCCAAACCGAUCAAUCUCAAGAAGGUCAAGAGAAUGAGUAUCAUGAUGCGAAGCUUUUUCGGUGCUCAAGAAGGCGAUUUUUCCCUCUCGAUGCGUUCAAUAUCUGCAUUGGCCAAAGCACCUCCACCUGGUGACGAGAUUCCUAUCGCGAUGCAUCAAGAUGCUUUGGAAAAGGGCCAAGCAAUUCCACAGAGCACCGGAAUCGGCGAUGCUGAGUGGUAUAGUGGACGACAAGAUUUCUACGAACUCGUGCGACGUCGAAGGAUGUACUUGCUGCUCGGUGCAACGGCUGUCAUGGCUUUAUUCAUCUUCAUGAGGAGAAGUUGUCAAAUGUACCCCUUUGCCAGUCUGAUCAGGCUGUUCAACAAAUCAUCUUAUGUGCCGCGUGCUACUCUUGUCGAAGCUUGAAGGCACUAGUGCAUCUGUGCAUUCUUCUCGGGAGGCAGAUUCCAACCAGCGAGAUUGAAUGCUGACUGUACUGCAACUCUACUCAUCACGGGAAAUCAAGCGCCUGUCGGACGCUCGCUC